AUUGUUAUGCCACCAUUAAACAGUUAAAAUAUUUGAUUUUUGCAUUUUCUUGCCUUUUAGUUGUGCACAAAAUAAUAUUUGCACUUUUAUUCUGAAAGGUGCGGCCCGGAUAUAGUUUAAUGGGGAACAUGCUUUCUCGCUUACUCUGAACUUUGUUUAUAUACCUUCAAGCCAAUGUGUUCCAUCUAACCACACUCCACAAUGAACAGCUGUAGAAGAAUGACCUGCGGUGACUGGAUAUCCGGCCUGAACACCGUCUUUCUUCGGGUCAAACCAGGGACAAAGUGCCACCGGUGCUCGGGGACAGCACCGAUCCUCAGCCAGAGCCAGGCCACCACCUCUAAACACGCUCCGGCCUCCAACACGGGAGAGAAACCGCGGCUGAGAGCGAUAGACCUGGCCCGUAAGAUCCAGCAGGAGAAGACGAAGCCACCGGCGGAAACGCCUCCUGUGUCCGCUCAACAGAAGAGGGUGGCGGAUCUGAAACGGUUCAGUCUACAGCUUCAAAAUGUCCAUCCUAAUGUGCUGGCCAAACACCUCCACAGAAGCGUGCUGUACCAGGAUAAAGAUGUAGUUGUGAUAAACAAACCUUACGGUGUUCCUGUCAAAGAUGGCUCUGGGGUCACGUCCAUCUCCUCUGUGCUUCCUGUUCUCUCCAAAAUAAUGGCUGGGAUGAAGAUCAAGUCUGACUCUCAGCUGCUCACCUGUCUGGGACUAGAGAAAGAAAUAUCAGGAGCUCUCCUGCUGGCCAGGAGCGAAGAAGUAGUGGAGCACGUACUCAACCUUGACAGAAAUAACCAAGUGCAGAGAAAGUACUGGGUCGUCACAGUUGGUGUUCCUGUGCCGUCAGAAGGAGUCAUUGACAUUCCCAUCAUAGAGAGAGAGGUCACAGGCCCUCAGCCACACUAUAAGAUGGCUCUAAGUCCUCUUUUCAGAACGAAUGAUGCAGGCGAUGGUGUGACCAAAGUCCGCAGCCAUCGGCAGGCCCAUCCUGCAGUGACCAAGUACAGAGUCUUGGACAGCAGCAAUGGUUGCAGCCUUGUGGAGCUGCAGCCUUUUACUGGAGCCAAGCACCAGAUGAGGGUUCACAUGGCGUUUGCUCUGUCGUGCCCCAUUCUUGGUGACCACAAAUAUUCCCACUGGAGCAAACUGGCGCCUCAGAAAUUACCGGAACGUGUCUUGGGAAAGCUUGGCCUGGAACAGAGCAAGAUCCGGUACGUUCCUCUUCAUUUGCUUGCUCGACAGCUGACGCUGCCGGGAACCAGUCAAGCUCAUAUCAACGUGUCCUGUCCCCUGCCGAAAUACUUCAUGCAAACAUUGACUCGACUGCAGUUAACUGCCCCUGAUAAAGACGACUCUAAAUAAUCCACUCUUCGUUGUGAAAUUCUUUGAGAUCCAACAGACGUCUCAGCUGUGACGGAUUUCAGACUGCAACAUUGGGGAAAAAGUGUGUCAUGCACACCAUUGAAGUUAAAUAGGAAAUUAAUUUAUAUCAGGCUGGAUUACUGUGAAGUUUUGUAAAGUGAUCAAACACAGAAGAGACUCUGUGGAACAUGACUGUACAGUGCUAUACACUUUUAGUAAUAAACAAAUGAAGCAGAACUGUAUCACAACUAUUUUUGUCUGUGUCCAAAUGUACAUGUCAUCUCAAGGGAGGCACCACUAGGCUACGGAUGCUGUUGGUGUGACAAGCCGUGUGUAAAAAGGCCCACAACUAAUCCUUAUUUCAAAUGUCAACAUUCCCACAGACA